ACAUUUUUAACUUGACAAACGAGCUGGCGAGAGAGGAGCCGCUACAUUACUCGUCUCGUCAACUUAGUAGAUCCACACACACGCACACACACAAAGGGCGUUGAAGAACCUGCGACGAUGGGCGUCAAGCUGUACUACACCACCGUUACUGCUUCACGGGCGGUGAAGUCUCAGCAGGCAGAGAUGAUUCGGAUCCUCGACAGUAAAAGCAUCAAGUAUGAGCUCGUCGACAUCUCUCUCGAUGAGCAGCUACGCGGCGAAAUGAGGAGCAAGGCGGGCGACCCCAAGGCCGCCCCUCCCCUGCUUUUCAACGAAGAUGACUACUGUGGGAACUAUGAAAUGUUUUCGGACGCAGUGGAAGGAGACACGGUGGAACAGUUUCUGAAACUGGCAUGAGGAGGGUCAUGAGAGUGAUUCCCCGUCUUAACCCCACCCACUCACCCUCACUGUGCCCUAAUGGCAGCCCUAUCUCCACCCUCUCUGCACCAACGACUGGGUCCACCUGCUUUCAAUGCCAUAAUGAAGAAUGCCAAAUAUCUCGUUUUCAGCUGAUCAAGAGACACAUUCCCACCUCGUCCCUGCACCUUUUAGAUUAAGAGUCUUAAUCCGAUUUAUUCUCGUGUCAUUCCUUUGCUUUGAUUCCUUUCAGACGGCCUUUUCUGUCUGACAGACCAGUGUUACCACGUUCUCCUCGUCCACUGGGAAUCAGUGGGGUGUCUCGGUGUGCAGUAAUUCCACUGAAUGACAACAUUCACACACACACGCACGCACGCACGCGCACACACACUCAUCACUCAGUCUUAAUGACUUCUUUUUUCUGCAGCCUUCAAGUUCCCAUGUCGUACACGGCUGCCUACAACGUGUUUGUUGUCACAGAGACGUAGCAUAGAAUCCUGAUUCUGAGAAGCUAAAAGAUAUCCUUAUUGGCGUGGUUUGGGUGUAAAUGCAGAUCCUCUGUAACCCAUCGAGUCUCUGUGCUGCUUGGACCUGCUCUGAGAGGAGACGUUACACACACACACACACACAAGUACACUUUGUUUGAUGCUAGGAAGGAGCACAUGAAGGUCCUCCAUGUAGUGUUUCUCAAGACUGACUGAUUGCUUGGAUAUUUUCAAACGGGCAUUACCUGCGUCUUAACUGCGUUUGCUUGCUUUCAGUCUUCUUCAUCUCUGCCUUUUUUGUUAAAUAUUAGUUAACUGCCACCAAAAACUCAGUCUUAGUGGAGAGAAUCUGGCAGGAGAGUGUGAUGGUUGUAUAAGAUUAUCUCUGUGGCAGGGUACCUUCUUAAUAUAAGGUUAGGACUUGGAAGUGACUUGUGUGAUUUUUACAGACCUUUUGGAUUAUGAUACACUUGAGCUUUACAGGUGGGUGUAUCUCAUUGCAGUGUUCUUUCAGGUCGCAUUUGACUAUCUAGGUAACAAAAAUGAUAACUUUGGAAUAACUCAUUUGGAAAAAAAAUGUAUUUCAUUGUUUGUCAUUUUUACACCUCGGAGACAACGCUCUCCUCGUUAUGUUACAAUUAUGGUCAUCAGUGAUCCAAAACAGUGGUUAAACAUUUCAGUAUCCAGCUGAGAAGAACAAACGGGAUUCACAUUUGGUGCCAAUAUAUAUACAGUUAUACAUAUAUAUGUAUAUGUACAUAUAUGUAUGUGUAUAUAUAUAUAUAUAUAUAUAUAUAUAUAUACACACAGUUAUAUAUAGAUGUGAAGCACUCUUGCAGCCGUAUAUUCCCUUGUAGAAUUAGAACUUGGUUGACUUGCACUUAGUAUAACUUGGAACAGUUUUCAUUUCACCACCAGGGGGCGCUCUCUGGUUUGUUAACUGACGGUAAAACAUUUCACACAGAUCUGUAAUGGACUGGACUAAUGAAGUGAACUCGCUUUCAUCCACGUAGCUUUUUCCUUGUUGAUGUUACACUUUCACGACGAUGUCUGACGUACAGUGAAGGUGAAAGCUGCAUUUACCAACCUUCAUGCUGUGUUUGCACACAAUCUUUGUGUCACACACACGGGAAGAAUGAAGGCUUUACUAUUGUUGUGCUUAUUAUCUACAUGUUCAUUCAUUUGAUUGAAAAAACAAACAUGUUGUGACAUUGACAGCCUUCUUCAGACACAAUGUUUGUGCACUGUUUUGUAAGACGUUGUUGUGGAUGUUGUCGAUGUGAUUUCACGAUGAACCAUGUUUUAAGACAUUCCAUGUCGCUCUCUCGAGCUCCUGCUUUUGCUUUAGGACCAAUUUUCUUUUUUUUGGCCCAAAAAGAAGAAGAAGAAGAACAAAUGACUGAAUUAAAAAAAAUGCUGUUGUCUUCCAAGAAGAUUGUGGAAAAAAAAGAAGUGAUUUAUGGGUUAAAGAAAAAUAAAAAGGAGUUGAAUCCA